AUGGCGGAUCUGAACGGCGCGACGUCUGAUCUGAGGGCGACGUUUCUGGGCGUCUACUCUGCGCUCAAAUCCGAGCUGUUGAAUGAUCCUGCUUUCGAAUGGACCCAAGGUUCGCGUCAAUGGGUCGAGCGGCAUUUUGUGGUAAAUUUUGAAAUGUUAUGUUCAGGGAAGUUAAACCGAGGCCUGUCAGUUAUUGAUAGCUACAAGUUACUUAUAGAAGGAAAAGGCUUAACAGAAGACGAAGAAUUUCUAGCUAGCGCUCUUGGCUGGUGUAUUGAAUGGCUUCAGGCAUAUUUUCUAGUCCUUGAUGACAUUAUGGAUAAUUCUCACACAAGACGUGGUCAGCCAUGCUGGUUCAGACUCCCAAAGAUUGGCUUGAUUGCUGUAAAUGAUGGAAUUAUGCUUCGAAAUCACAUCCCUAGAAUUCUCAAGAAGCACUUCAGAGAAAAGCCUUACUAUGUGGAUCUGCUAGAAUUGUUCAAUGAGGUAGUGGAGUUUCAAACUACUGCAGGACAGAUGAUAGAUUUAAUUACCACUAUUGAAGGAGAAAAGGAUUUGUCAAAAUACUCGUUGCCACUUCAUCGCCGCAUCGUUCAGUAUAAAACUGCUUACUACUCAUUUUACCUUCCGGUCGCAUGUGCUCUGCUGAUGGCGGGUGAGAACCUGGACAAUCAUGUAAAUGCGAAAGAUGUGCUGAUUGAUAUGGGUGUCUACUUUCAAGUACAGGAUGACUACUUGGACUGCUUUGGUGAACCUGAAAAGAUCGGGAAGAUUGGAACAGAUAUUGAGGACUUCAAGUGCUCUUGGCUGGUUGUGAAAGCCCUGGAGCUCUGUAAUGAAGAACAAAAGAAGAUUCUUUACGAGCACUACGGAAAGGAAAAUCCAGCGGAUGUUUCGAAAAUCAAAGCCCUCUACCAUGAACUUAAUCUACAGCGCAUAUUUCUCGAGUACGAAGCUAAGAGCUACGACAGACUCACGAGCUCCAUCGAGGCUAUUCCUAGAAAACCCGUGCAGGCCGUGCUGAAGUCCUUCCUAGCCAAGAUUUACAAGAGGCAGAAAUAA